UGGUUUUUCUGUGCAACAAUCAUCAAUGGCUGCAGCUUUAAGUGAUUCCAUACCCUCUGUAAACAAGGCUUGGGUGUACUCAGAAUAUGGACAGUCUGCAGAUGUUUUGAAAUUUGAUCCCAGUGUUGCUGUGCCUGAAAUAAAGGAAGACCAGGUGCUCAUCAAGGUGGUUGCUGCAUCUCUUAACCCAAUUGAUUUCAAGAGGAUGCUUGGGUAUUUCAAGGAGAUCGACUCUCCUCCACCUACUGUUCCAGGGUAUGAUGUUCCUGGUGUGGUGGUGAAAGUGGGAAGUCAAGUAACAAAGUUUAGUGGGGAUGAAGUAUAUGGGGAUCUCAAUGAGAAUGCUUUGGUGAACCCAAAAAAGUUUGGGUCUUUGGCAGAGUACACUGCUGCAGAAGAAAGAGUUUUGGCUCUGAAACCCAAAAAUCUGAGUUUUGUUGAAGCUGCUAGCCUUCCCCUGGCUCUGGAGACCGCCUAUGAAGGGCUUGAACGGACUGAGUUUUCUGCUGGUAAAUCUAUUCUUGUUUUAGGAGGCGCUGGGGGAGUGGGAACACAUGUUAUUCAGCUAGCGAAACAUGUUUUUGGUGCUUCAAAAGUAGCAGCUACUGCAAGCACUAAAAAACUGGAUUUGCUGAGAAGCUUGGGUGCUGAUUUGGCUAUUGAUUACACCAAGGAUAACUUUGAAGACCUGCCUGAGAAAUUUGAUGUGGUAUAUGAUGCAGUUGGGCAGUCUGACAGGGCAGUGAAGGCAGUGAAAGAAAACGGGAAGGUUGUAACAAUCUUUGGUUCAGUAACGCCACCAGCGCUCACAUUUGUGCUGACUUCAACUGGGACUAUAUUGGAGAAGCUGAAGCCAUACUUGGAGAGUGGGAAGGUGAAGCCGGUGCUUGAUCCCACAAGCCCAUAUCCCUUUUCUAAGACUGUUGAAGCAUUUACCUACCUUGAAACCUCCAGAGCUACAGGAAAGGUCGUUGUGCAUCCCAUCCCUUAAGAUGAUAGAGAUUGUGCAGGCAGGAAAUCAGUCAGUUUGUGUUUUAUAUAUAUUUGUAAUCUUCUGCUGGUUGUUUAAACUUGAAAUCUUGUAAUAAUGGUUGUGCAUCCCAUCCCGUAAGAUGAUGCAUGUUUUAUGUACUUAUAUGGAGUUGGUUGGGAGUUUGGGUA